CUAAAGUGUAAAAAAAAAAGGCAACAAAAAAAAAAAUGUCACAAAUCUCAAUUUCUUCUCGCCGUCCCUCUUCGUAGUACUUAUUAAUUUAACCCAAAAUCUUCUUCUCGUCGUUCGACGAAAAUCCGAUUUCGUACUCGAUUCCCGGGUCAAAUCCCUCUCAAAGUUUGUGCCUUUUCUUCGCUUCUGAUUAGGGGUUGUUUAAUCAAUUUUGGCAAUCUGGUCUCUUUGGGGUGAAGUGUUCUGAGUUCAAUCAAUUUUUGUUUCAUGGUGGGUUUUGGUAUUUAAAGCUCGUUGAUUGCGAAUUGGCUUCUGGAAUCUGGAUUCAUCGAUCUCUGGAUGUUGAAUUCGUGAAUCUGAGGGGAGAGUUUAAUGCUGAAUUGGAAAACAGAUCCAGGGGCUAAUUGAGGGGAAAAUAAAAGAGGGUUCUUUUGAUUCUGGGAAUUGUCGAGAUCGGACAAGAUGGAUCUUGUGAUCGGUGGGAAAUUUAAGCUUGGAAGAAAAAUUGGUAGUGGAUCAUUCGGAGAGCUUUAUCUAGGUGUAAAUGUUCAAACAGGAGAAGAAGUUGCUGUCAAGCUGGAAAAUGUGAAGACCAAGCACCCCCAGCUUCAUUAUGAGUCAAAGUUGUAUAUGCUGCUUCAAGGAGGAUCUGGUAUUCCGAACCUUAAAUGGUUUGGAGUUGAAGGUGAGUACAGCGUGAUGGUUAUUGACCUUCUAGGUCCUAGUCUUGAAGACUUGUUUAACUACUGCAACAGGAAGUUUACCUUGAAAACUGUUCUCAUGCUUGCCGACCAAUUACUUAACAGGGUUGAAUAUAUGCAUAUUCGAGGUUUCCUUCACCGUGAUAUAAAACCUGACAACUUUUUAAUGGGACUUGGACGCAAAGCAAAUCAGGUUUAUAUCAUUGAUUUCGGACUUGGGAAGAAAUACAGAGACCUUCAGACUCACAAGCACAUUCCUUACAGAGAAAACAAAAAUCUCACUGGGACAGCUCGGUAUGCAAGUGUCAACACUCACCUUGGAGUCGAACAAAGUCGAAGAGAUGAUUUAGAAUCACUUGGUUAUGUGCUUAUGUAUUUUAUCAAAGGAAGCUUACCGUGGCAGGGAUUAAAGGCGGGGACAAAGAAGCAGAAGUAUGACAGAAUCAGCGAGAAGAAAGUAUCAACUCCAAUAGAGGUGUUGUGCAAAAACCAACCGUCUGAAUUUGUUUCAUACUUCCAAUACUGCCGAUCUUUACGCUUUGAUGACAAACCUGAUUACUCUUACCUUAAGAGACUUUUCCGCGACUUGUUCAUCCGAGAAGGUUAUCAAUUCGAUUAUGUAUUUGACUGGACAGUCCUAAAGUAUCCUCAAAUCGGAACCAGCGCUGGUUCUAGUUCACGAACAAGGCACCAUACAACAGCGAAACCAGGAUUCAACGCAGAUCCCAUUGGAAGACAAGAGAGGAUCGCAGAACCCCGUUAUAAAACUCCGGGUGCAGUGGAGGCAUUCUCCCGAAGACACCCGACUACAACUUCUUCGCCACGUGAUCGUUCCAGAUCGAGAAACUCUGAUGAUGGACCUUUCGCUAAGCAGACACAGCAAGGAGACUCUGAAAGACCAAACAGUUCGUCAAGAUACAGAACAUCUUCUUCUAGGAAAGCCGUUGCUGCCUCAAGCUCCAGGCCAAGUUCUGCAGGUGGACCAAGCGAAAGCCGAGUUUCAAGUCGUCUGGUAUCAUCAAGCGGCGGUGGUGGUAGUGGCAGUGGUAAUGGCCGUCCCUCGACUAGCCAGAGAAUGCAAGCUGGAUAUGAAUCCAAGACUUUGUCUUUCUCUCGUGCAACAGCUUCAAGAAACACUCGGGAAGAUCAAUUGAGAAGCUUCGAGCUUCUCUCUCUUCGGAAAUAAAAGGAAAAUGAUGGAGAGAGAGAGAGAUACAGCAAACGCCAUGAAAAACCACCCCCACAUAAAAUGACCUCUGAGAGAAAAGAUGAGAGAAUCUUGGUUUUUGAGAGAGAAUGCAUAUUAUUAUAUAUUUGAGCUGAUGAAAUCCUCAGAUCUUUUACAGGUAAUUUCAGAUUCAGCUUGCAGAGAUGUAUCCCACCACCACCGCUCCUCGUUUGUUUUAUGUAAUCGUGAUGUGUUGGACAAAAAUAUAACAAUCAUAAAAUGUAGAGAGUUUCCCAUGUAAAAACGGUUAAAAAAAUUUCUAUCCGUAUAUUCGAAUACUUCGGACCUUA